AGACAGUGAAAAAAGUUAAUUAAUAAAGAGAUUAAAAAUAAAUUAAAUUCAUACAUCAUCUAAAAACAAAAAUAAAAAAGGAAAUUUUCCAAGUCAACAAACAACAUCGAGGAAAUCAAGAAGAAAAAUUUUUCAUUCUUCUGACCCUGGUUGAAGUUUAUAAUUUGAUGAGGGAUUGUGCUGAAUAUGCUUUGUAGUCCUCACCUUUUCUAGUAGAAAAAGAAAUACGUACAGAGCAGAAAAGGGUUCCUUUUGUUUUUCUUUUCUGUUCCUUUCUCGAGUUCAAUUUAGAAAGUUGCUCCUCCUCCGCUGUUGCUAGAGCUACUUUACAUAGGAGUACAAAGUUUUGAUUUUUGGUGAAGAGAUAGAAGGAGGGGUUCUCAGAUCUUUGGAGGAGUAAAGAGUGGAAGAAAUAAGAGGUUUUGAAUUGGUUGAUUGAGAUUGGAGAAUUAGAGGAUUUUUUUUUGUGUUUGCUUUUGAUUUUGGAGGGGUUUUCGUCUCUUUUCUUUGCUUGACUUUUUGGAAGUCUAGAUUGGAGAUAGAGUUGCCUUUGGUUGGGCACAGCACUUUGGUUUGGUUUCUGUAGCUUACCUUGAAAUGGUUUAUUUUUUUUUAUUCCAGGGAAUGUGGAUUUUGGUUUCAGUUGAUGAAUUCUGGUAAUUUGGAUUGGAUAUUUGGGGAAACAUUGCUGUUGUUCUGUUAGGGUGGGGUGGUGUUUUUUUUUUUGUAUAUAUAAAUUAUGCUCAAACAAUUACUUGGUAAGCUUCCACGAAAGUCAUCUAAGUCGACUGCAAAUCGCGAUCAUGGUGGAAACCAUACCGCCAAUUCAAAUGCUUCUACUGGCUCAAGAAGUAGUAAUGGGAAGUCUGCGAAUUCAAACAUCUCAUCCGUAGCAGUAAAUAAUUCUGCUCCAGAUGUAUCACAAAACCUUGGUAACAGGAUUCAUCAAGGUGUGAAUUCGAAGUUGAAUGGCGAUCUAGGGUUUUCUCAGUACGAAGGACUUCCUGGAUUCAAGGAUGUUCCGAGCUCUGAGAAGCAGAACUUGUUUAUUAGAAAGUUGAACAUGUGUUGUGUUGUAUUUGACUUUACUGAGCCGAUGAAGAACCUCAAGGAAAAGGAGAUAAAGCGACAGACGUUGCAGGAGUUGGUGGAUUAUGUAACUUCCGUGAGUGGGAAAUUCUCCGAAACUGCUAUGCAAGAAGUUAUGAAAAUGGUGUCUGCAAAUUUGUUUCGGACAUUCACUCCUCAACCACGUGAGAACAAAGUUGUAGAUGGUGUUGAUUUGGAGGAGGAUGAGCCUUCUAUGGAUUCUGCGUGGCCACACUUGCAAAUCGUGUAUGAACUUUUCUUGAGGUUUGUAUCAUCAGCCGAGACCGAUGCAAAAUUGGCUAAAAGAUACAUCGAUCAAUCCUUCAUUCUGAAGUUGCUGGAUUUAUUUGACUCCGAAGAUCCCAGAGAAAGGGAAUACUUGAAAACAAUUCUUCACCGCAUUUAUGGCAAAUUCAUGGUGCAUCGUCCAUUUAUCAGGAAAGCUAUCAAUAGCAUUUUCUAUCAGUUUAUUUUUGAGACUGAGAAGUACAAUGGUAUUGCUGAACUUUUAGAAAUUUUAGGCAGUAUCAUUAAUGGGUUUGCUCUGCCAUUAAAAGAAGAACAUAAAAUGUUUCUUGUUCGUGCCAUGAUUCCUCUGCACAAGCCAAGGUGCUUAGCAAUGUACCACCAACCAUUAUCUUACUGCAUCACACAGUUUGUGGAGAAAGACUGCAAACUUGCUGAUACCGUAAUACGAGGAUUGUUAAAGUACUGGCCCAUCACUAAUAGUUCAAAGGAAGUCAUGUUCCUAAAUGAGCUGGAGGAGGUUUUAGAAGCAACCCAGCCACCGGAAUUCCAGCGCUGCAUGGUGCCCCUGUUUCAGCAGCUUGCUCGGUGUUUGAACAGUUCACACUUUCAGGUAGCAGAGAGAGCAUUGUUCUUGUGGAACAAUGAUCCCAUUGAGAACUUGAUCAUACAAAAUCGCAAGGUUAUACUACCCAUCAUCUUUCCUGCUCUGGAGAAAAAUGUUAGAAACCACUGGAAUCAAGCUGUCCGUAGCUUGACUUUAAAUGUACGCAAGAUCUUCGAAGAUCUUGAUCAUGAACUGUUCAAUGAAUGCCUACUAAAGUUUCAGGAAGAUGAAGAGAAGGAAGUUGAGAUCAAAGCAAGAAGGGAAGCCGCAUGGAAACGAUUGGAAGAGAUUGCCACGCAGAAGGCUGCAAGUGAUGCCAUGGUGGUUGCGCCCCGCAAAGCACUCACUUGCAGCGCUUCAGGUUAGCUGUUAGCAGAAGCAUGGAUGUUUGUUGGUAUCACCAUGGACUAUCUAUUUUUGAUUGAGAUGGAUUCAUUAUUUUGAUAAUUUUUCUUUUAGGUGUUUGAUAUGGUUUAAAAUUUGCUUAACUGCCUAAUAAAAUAUUUUGUAAAUUGAUCCUUCUA